AGUUAAGGUUUUUCCAACAUAUGGAUAUCAAGUGAUAAGUGUUAUCAUAUAAAAUGUAUCGUUGUUGGGUAGAUCAACCCUCCGGACAGCAAGACAGCUCCCCAUUGUUCAACACUAGAUGUCGUGACCACCCCGAAAUCGACGCACCUCGAGGAUCAUCAAAAUCCCUCCCUAGUUGGUAUCGUUGAUGCUGAACCGUUGAACAGGGUUGAGAGACAAGCCGUGACGUAGAGGGAGGCAGGUUUGGAAGAGAGCGCAUGAACGGAUCCCCGGAGGUAGUCGGCCCGGGGUGCGUCUAGUCGUCGGAUACAAGGGGGGAUUAUUGUCGUCGGGUACUGGCUCGCAAGGGAGCAAAGCCAGUCGACUCAAGUUCACAGUCGGGGUAGUCUCACCUUAAACCUCCCCAACAAUAAAAAAUAAUUGAAAAAACAAAUUGAAAUAAAACACGUGUAACAAUUUCAUAUUAUCACUGCAUGAAACUCCGGUAGAAAAUGAUAAUUAUCAUCAUCAGAACGUGCACUUGACACGAGGGAUAACUACCCUCCAAAAUUCUACGUGAACUUUCCUCUAUUCAGUAUCUGACUUUUCUCACUGCUGUCACAAUAAUUAACGUGAAAAAAGGAAAACGAGACUUGAAUGUCAUUUAGAGAAAAAAAAUAGUUGAACGCACGCGUGUUCGUGAGAAUCUCCAGUCAUCUUUGAACAAUUCCCGUGAUUCUUUCCCCGUAGUCACAAGAUUAAUCCCCAGUUCGACACUUUCUCCCCCUAAAAGUACCACAACUUCUUCCCCGAAGCGUCUCUUAUCGCUCACCUCUUAACUGAGCCAAUUGCGCGCCACUCUUCGAUCUCGCAUUUCUUCAAUAAUCAUGCCAAGAUUAAAGUGAUCAAUGGAAUGCCACGAGAACCAAGGUAGCAGGAGCGGAAGAACUGAGAGACAGAGCGCUCGAUAAGACGGUAGACCAAAAGCAAAAAAAAGGAGGAUAGAAGGGGGCAAUAAUGGGAAAAGGCGAUAAGCGUGGUAUCGCACAGCGCACCGACGCGAGCACCAAUCUGGUGGGAAAGUUUACGCAAAGCGUGCGGAGAAUCGUACAAGAUGUCAAGGACGAGGGAACGGCAAGUGGCCAAACCAAGGAGGAAGUUAUUGAGACUAAUGAACGCCUGAGAGCUGUUAGAAUACGUCUUGAUGCCAGUUAUGAGACAGCCAAACGAGCACUUGUCGAUCUCAUGACGAAGUACGCUGACAGCAAACAAGUUAGGAAUAUAUUUCAACGGUACAAUCUGCUGAAGGUGAUGAUAAAGGACGUGAUUAAACUGGAGACCCAAUAUUGGACCCUCGUUGACAUACCGAGACAGGAGAAGCAGGAAACUGUGCCGGCAUUUGUAUUGCGCGCCUGUGCCAUUAUGGAAAAAACCCACAAAAGCGGUGAGGGUGUCAAGACCUCAGCACGACUUGCUGAAGAGGCAGAGAGUAGAAGAGAACGCAUCGAUCGUCUCGAGAACCUGACAACUGUGCAGAUUGAAACUGAAAAUACCCAGAUGACGAACGAUCUCUACAGACUUCUGAAGAAAUACACUGGCCUUAGAAACCUCAUCCGAGACCUCAAGGAAGAGUACAAUAGCUCAAAAGUUUAUCCAAUGUUUCCACGCUACACUAUUCUGAAAGAUAUGAUAAAGGACAUUAUGCACAACCCCGACUACAUGGAGGUUUGCCACGAGGUAGAUCAGGCAUAGCGUCCAGACCCCCUCCAUCGUUCACCCCGUAUGACUUUGUAAGCUCGUUGCUUUACAAAGUGUUAUUACGGAUGUGAGGCGGAUGAAGGGGGUAUUUGCGGGGAGAAAAUGUUUGACGAUUUCCUAUUAGACUGUAAUUACCUUUUCCCUCUAUGGACUUUAGGAAUGCUUAAUGCGCUUUCCAAUUGUUAUCGUUUUAACUCAAGUAUUUAGGAUACGAGUGACUGAACUUUAGGAGAGUAUUAAUGUAUCUGAUGAGAUUAUCGUUGUCAUUAGUUGAAGCUUUGGUUAGUGUUUUGGUUGUUGAAUUAUCGCUGUUGAUGUAUUUGUUACCGAGUUAUCGGCCCUCUACGAGGACACAGGGGUUGCUCGUUACCCCAACGGAUUUUUUUUUCAUUUUCAUUCCUACUUCAAAGCGCCGAACAAUAUUUAUCGAAGACAGUAAUUAUGUUCAGAGGGUUCUGAAUACCAUUGGCCUGAUGAAAACGCAGCACUUCGUUUUCACCCUAGAUUGGUCACCCUCAGCGAUCCGACGACUCCGUCGGGGCGGGAAAAUGGCAUCCGUAUUAAUUCGGGUAAAACGUUGGUGAAUUUACUUUACCGAAUGCGUCUACAGAAUUUCCGGCAUCGUCACAUCUCGAGCACUUGCAUUGACGUGGAAAAAAAUCAUUUCUCCGUGGGAAAUCUUUUUUUUCUGUAGUUGGAAAAUUAAAAUUUUUCCCGAUACGGUACGUCAUUUCCUUCACAGGGCGACCCGUCUAGAGUUAAUGGGUAAAUUAAUUUUGUACGUUCAAGACGGCUUACGAGAAAUCAUUUACACCUUGAGCAAGCGAUGUAAAUUAUGUUAUAGAUUAUUACUGAUUGAGAAUUAUUCGAUAAACUAAAGAAAAAAAAUCGAUAUGAAUAGCCGCUUUCACGUCAAAACACAAAUUUCUGUUGAAUGUAGAAACUAGUUGACUUUCUAAAAAUAGUGGUAUUAUUAAGUAUAGAAUAUCCUCUAUAUAGAAAUGGUAAUAAAUAUUUGGAAGUUAGAUUGAAGAAUUGUAAAUGAUCAUGAAAUAAUAGCUUUGAAGAUCAAAACAUGACAUGAAAUUAUGAGAGAGAAAAUUUGAAUAAUUGUCAUACCAAAAGUUGUUCAAUUCACCGGGAGUAUUAGGUUUAUGAAAGACGUUAUGUUGAUAAUUUUGAAAUGUAGAAUUGUGGCUAGUAUAAUUAUGAGUCAUUGUUGCGAAUAGAGAUUGAUUUAGAUGGUGAGCCGUAUAUGGGUAGAUCAGGGAAAUUCCUGUCCAAGGUUGAGGGGGACAUAAAACAUGAUUUAAAAAAUAGGUUUAUGGCAUUUUAGCACGUCUUUAAUAAUUGAUACUAGUUUAAUAUUAACUAGAGGAUGAACAUUACUCGGUAUAAUUCUUCGUUCACAUUUUAGACGAUGAGCAAUCUCCUAUAGGAGAAGGAUUUUUUACUGUCAUUGUAAAACUGCGAUUCAUGAUACUUUUGACAAAGGGCUAGUUUUUGAAGGAUGUCAUGGCUAUCUCACCAACUAUUUUAAAAAGGAGAGUGUUUUUACUACCUCUUGAAGUUGGUAACACGCACGUGCUGAUUCAUCCCCUACGCGCAAAAAGCUUUCUUGCUUCAUGCAAAUUUCAAAUGUAUUCAGCUUUAUUGACCCAUAAAGGCAUUAUAAAAAUGAAUAAUUCAUGGGCAACAUGUAUUGUCAAUGAUAGAGAUGGCUAAUGAAUGAAAAAUUAAUUAAUAAUUUGACUCUUUGAUCAAUUAUUUUCAUGUCUUCAAAUAACCACCGAUCAAUACCCAUUAGAAAAUGGCCCAAGGGUUGAACUUAGAAAAGUGAAUUUUCUUGAAUUAUUCUGAAAGUUCCAUGACUCGCCAAAAAACUGAAUAACUGAAUAAAACAAAACAUUUUCCUAGAAAUUUCCACGGAAAUACGGAAUUUCUCGGCGUUUUCAAUAGAUCUAAAAUUGAGAAGUUUAAGAUUUGAAUCGUAAAAAAAAUUCUUGAGUUGGAAAAAUGUGAACAUACUUUAUAUUUUUUGGAGACAAAAUUUACUCGACUCAUUGACACGAUAUAUUUCCAUUUAAACGCUUUUGUAGAACUUUCAUGUUUUAUCAAUCCGAUAGGCCUGUAAUUCACGAGAUUACAGCCUAGUUUAUAGAACUAAUUGUCAAGUUUAAGCCGUAGAAUAUUCAUCUACAGAGUGACGAAAGGAGUCCUAGUACUCCAAGUCCGUAAAGCCAGUUUUAUGAUGGAGUUCGUAACAGAAUUUUACAGCCCUAUGCGUAAAAUAGAAUUCCCCAGUUUAAUUGACAGGGUGAAAAUUUACGGCCUAGUCUUCAAAAUAUCAGUUUCAAAGCCUUUAGUCCGAAUUUCAUGGUCGCAACUGUAAAUAUAAUUUUCAUCACACUGGUAGGAAAAUGGAACUUUACGAAUAGUUCGUGUCUACAAAACAUGACUUGGAAUAGUUUGUUUUUAUUUCAUUUGAGAAAUAAUUUUUUUUGUGGCCUUCAAUUCAAUUCCCGUAUCAAGUAUUCCGAAAACUCGUUCAGUGGGAUGCCCACGACAUCCUCAAAAGCUUCGCGAUAAAAAAAUCCAGAGGAAGAGAGAGAAAACAACAUAACAAGACAUAAUUGUACAUAAAUACAUAUCGUCGGUUCUUUCCACGAACUUGCCUGAUAUUGAAUACGUAUUCGAUAGUGUAUAAUCAGGUUGACAGCCCCUAAAAUAAAAAUAACUAAUGAGUAAUAAACGUUAAUGCCUGGCAUUGGAAACGAGAGAGUCCCGGAAACAAUGGAAGAAAAAAAAAUGAAAAACAAA